AUGACUUUGCUGAAGCAGAUGGACCAUGAGGAGGUACCCUUUACUAGAACAGAAUCUCAGGAAAUUGAGAUCCCAAUAGUAUCUGAAGGAAUUGAUGCUCUUCCUGUGCCACCACUGUUACCUUGCUCUUCUGUUUGUGUUUUCUUCAAAAAAGAACAUUGUAGUUUGGAUUCAAGAGAACGGUCCAAGUCAGCGAAAAAACUUUGUGGACUCAUUAUUGCCUGUGUCUUGUUUAUGGUGGUAGAAAUUAUUGGUGGUGUCAAAGCCAAUAGCCUUGCAGUACUCACGGAUGCAGCCCACUUGCUCACUGAUGUUGCUGGAUUCUCCAUUGCUCUUUUCACAGUAAUGGCUUCCGGUUGGGAGGCAACAUCAUACCAGUCUUUCGGAUAUCACCGUCUUGAGGUUUUGAGUGCCCUUCUGUCUGUGCAGCUAGUAUGGCUGGUCUCUGGGAUCUUGAUCUAUGAAGCAGUUGAUAGAAUCCUUCACAAAAAUGAAAAGGUGAAUGGAUUGCUCAUGUUUGAAGUUGCAGCGUUUGGAUUUCUUGUCAACUUAAUCAUGGUCAUGUGGCUCGGUCAUGAUCACACCCAUCAUGCCUGUGGAGGCUUAGGUCAUGAUCAUCAUCACAAUCAUAAUCAGGAGCAUAAUCCCGAUCAUCAUCACGACAGGGAGGAAGAAUAUGCAAGAACUGAAGAUGAUAAAACUAGUCUGGUAUCAAGUUCUCCAGAAAAUACUAAAAUAUUAAACAUAAACCUCCAAGGAGCUUACUUGCAUGUUGUUGCUGAUAUGAUUCAGUCUGUUGGGGUGAUGAUUGCUGGAGGCAUCAUAUGGGCAAGGCCAGAUUGGUUAGUAGUUGAUCUGAUAUGCACACUCAUAUUUUCUGUUUUUGCUGUUAGCACAACUAUAUCGAUGCUUAGAAAUAUAUAUGGCAUACUGAUGGAGAGAACACCAAGUGAUAUUGAUAUCACCAAUCUAGAAAAAGGCCUCAAGUGCAUCAAAGGGGUUGAGGAUAUUCAAGACCUACAUGUUUGGGAACUGACAGUUGGAAAAAACGGUUUUGUCUUGCCAUGUAAAGGCGGAGCCGGCAGUGAGCUCUAG